ACAAACCCAACGAGAUUUGAGUCCAGUGCAGUCACAUUGAAUUAUUGUCAGUACAGGUACCCAAAACGUAGUUAUAGUUAACAUAGUUAAUAACAACAUUUACUCAUCAACGUAGCGCUAAGAUGGGAAUUACUGGGAAGGAAAAGAGAGGAAAGGAAUAAAGGAAAAAAGAGGAAAAGUGUCAGCACAAUGUUUCUCUGACAGAAAAAAAAUGGGCCUGGGCAUUUUUGGGUCUGUGAGGGACUCUAACCAACCGCGCGAAGGUCCACAGGGAGGUAUACAAAAGACCACUAUACAUCACCAAAAAAAAAAAAAGGGUAACAAAAUACUUGAUCCGGCAGUGAUCAGAGCUGUUUCCAUUUUUACUUAACAGGAGAAUGGUCUAAGAUUAUAUUUAAAUACUGUAUGUUGGGUUAGAAAACAAAGCUGUAAAGCUGAAUAUAGGAUUCUAUAAAGGUUAUAAAAGUUAAAUUAGACACGUGUCAAGACUCGACACGCGUAAACAUUGUCUGGGACUGCGAACCAGCUAAAAAGAGUGACCAGAUUGUGGCUCCAGUAAACACACGCGGAGAGAAUAGGGUGGUGGGUUUUAUGGUCCUGAUGUUAUAAUGUUAACCGAAUCAAAAUGAAGUAAGCUGUUCAACAUUACUUCGGUAAAAAACGCCCCCCUUAACUUCUGAUUGGACGCUCUAGUCCGAGCGCACCCCCGCCCCUCAGGGAUAUAAAACAGGUGGUCUUCAUUCACAGCAUCAGUCUCGAAGAUGGACCCAUCAUCCGGACCUCACACACCACAUCCUCCUCUGUGACCGAGGGUCUCUGAGGAUGAUGAUGCCGGGCUUCUUUCUUCAGUCUGGACUGCUGUAUCACCUCUAACAUGGACUAUUGGAAGGUCUGGUCCUCUGUGUGACUGAGGGAAGUUGGGCGUAAAAAUGUAACAAAACUCUUUUUAUUUGGCAAAAAAAACAGUGGAUCCGGGCCGCUGACGAGCGCUUUCUACGGGGACAGUGUGAUUUGAGGGAGGAUUGAAGUGUGAUUGAAGUCGCAGAAAAUGAGAGGCAGUUUCUUCGGUCUGGCACUCCUCGUGGCUCUGGUCCUCUCUUGCGGCGCUGAGGAGGCGGAGGCGCGCAGCCGGGACACCUGCGCCUCUUGCGGCGACACUGAGCCGGAGGAGUCGGACUCCGGGCAGCCCAACUCAGACCUACUGGAGGCAGUGAAGAGGCACAUCUUGGGUCGCCUGCAGAUGCGAGAGCGGCCCAACAUCACGCACCCGCUGCCCCGCGCUGCCAUGGUGACCGCGCUGAGGAAGCUGCACGCGGGUAAACUGCGUGAGGACGGCCGGGUGGAGAUCCCGAACCUGGACGGACACCCGACUAAUAACCACGUAGUGGAAGAGAACUCGGAGAUCAUCAGCUUUGCGGAAAAGGACGACAUGGUGACGUCCAAAUCCAGUUUGUUCUUUCUUAUCUCCAGCGAGGGUAACCAGAACCUGCGGGUGACCCUUGCCACCCUUUGGCUUUACUUCAAGUUGCUGGCACCUGCACCUGAGAUGCGAUCUCGACGAAAGGUGACGGUGAAGGUCUACUAUCAGGAACCGGGCCUGGGCAGCAAGUGGAACCUGGUGGAGAAGAGGGUGGAUCUGAAGCGGAGCGGCUGGCACACCUUCAUGCUCACCGAGGCCGUCCGAUUAGUGUUUGAGAAAGGUGAUCGCCGGCAAAACUUGGACGUGCGAUGUGAGGGCUGCGAGGCGAAUGGUGUCAUCCCCGUCCUCUUGAACCAUAACGAUGAGUCACACCGGCCGUUCCUGGUGGUGCAGGCCCAACAGGCAGACAGCAAACACCGGAUCCGGAAGCGUGGGCUUGAGUGCGACGGCAGUAGUAGCCUGUGCUGUCGACAGCAGUUCUAUAUUGACUUCCGACUGAUCGGGUGGAACGACUGGAUCAUUGCACCCUCAGGCUACUUUGGGAACUACUGUGAGGGAAACUGUCCAGCCUACAUGGCUGGUGUUCCUGGACUGGCGUCGUCCUUCCAUACAGCUGUGGUGAACCAGUACCGCAUCCGAGGGAUGAGCCCUGGUUCAAUGAACUCCUGCUGCAUCCCGACCAAGCUCAGCACCAUGUCCAUGCUCUACUUCGACGAUGAAUACAACAUUGUAAAGCGUGACGUUCCCAACAUGAUCGUGGAGGAGUGCGGCUGUGCCUGAUAAAAGCUUCAUCCUAACCCCACACAAAACAUAUUUAUCGAUGCUGGAGAUCGCCACACCUUCAUACACAGCUGCACAGACUGGUGUACAUAUAUUUAUGUUUGUUUACAUCAUUUUUACUUUUCUGUCAAAACAUUCUUGAGGGGACACCUUUUUUUCUUCAAACCACUUUGGGCACUUUCAAAAGGUCUGGCUCAGCCGUCAGCGAAAGACUCAUGUCUGAGUCGAAGAGCAAAUUUGGCAGCAAAAGAACAGCAUGGACAUAAAAGUGUAGUGAUACAAGUUUGGUGACACGUUGAAAAACGUCACGAUAAUUAUUUACAGAUCUGAUGAUGAAUUGUGAAAGGGCUUCACUCUCAUUCAUUCAAAAGCUACUUCUUCAUCAAGGAUUUCCAAGAUGGUCAAAGAUCUCCAAGCCUUUAAAACUCAGUGAUGUGUCCACUGUUGUACGUCACUGCUCAUCGUCAGCGCCUUCAUUUCUAUCUGCCCAUUGACCCAGAGCCUUACCGGUUACAAAAUGUCAGAGUAGCUCAGCUGGGCCUCACAGCACACGGUAAAUAUAUACAAGCACUUAAAUGUAGAUUUGAACAAGCCUGUGAUAAACCUCAGAGUGAGUUACAGGCCACACAAACGUUGAGGAGACGGUAUUUCAUUGUCGGUCAUCAGAAAACAUAAACAUUAACCACAUUUUGAAAACAUACAGGGUGACAUACAUGUGAACCAAAGUCCACAGACUCUUAAUUAUGCUUCAAGGUCUUCAGAGUAUAUUCAGAAUCUAUGUAGUGUAUAGUACAUAACGUACACCAUGGUGCACUGUUGAUGUAGUGUACGGCAUUGAACAUGUGAUUCCCGCUUAGUGAAUUCGAUGAGCAUGGGCUAAUUUGUGAAUCUCUGUUAAAAAAAAUGUAGCAUACAAUUUCGAAUCAAUGAUACAAGGGGUACUGUAUGCUGCUUACGUUACAUGGUAUACAAUGCAAAGCUCUUUAUGGUAGGAUUUUAUCAAUGGCAGGAUAUGCAACGUAUGAUGUAAGUAAGUAAAGCAGCAUACAUUAGGUCCUGACCAAUAUGUAGCAGAUGGUCUACCAUGCAAUAUUUUACAUUCUAUAUGGAGCAUCUUAUAUAGUAUACAAUAUCUAGCGUAGGACAUGCAGCGUGUGAUAUGUAGCAUUCAUUUUGUAGCCCAUUUAGCCGGCCAGGAAACGGUGAAGUGUUACCAUAUAUAGCAGACGUAGUGUACGUUAUGUACUGCACAUUAUAUAGAUGCAUCGUUUACUGUGUGGGGAAAAAAACUUGAAAUGUUCAACCAAUAAUGUGUACAAACCAAUUUGGAAAAGGUUAAUAUUUCAUGCAAAUCCGGCAUCCCAACUACAGACACAUCAAAUGGUCUACGAGGGAGUAAACCAUACCAAUACCUUCACAACCGCAAUCCUUCGAUAGCAAGCUCAACAUUUAGCCUUCAAAGUAAAGCAUGACCACAGCACUUAAAAAUAAAAAAGUGCCACGUCCGUUAUGCAACGGAAGACCACAACGACGUAUGUUUAUUUAAAAUACUUGAACUUUUAUAUGCUGGGAGGGACCACGUCUCUGAAUCAUUUGUGCCUGACGAUCAUGUAAAUUAUGCUAAAACCUGCAUCACAUGUCUCCCACCAGGUGUUUUGGGUUGGUUAUCCUGACCCUCUGUCCCCUCUGAUUGAGUGAAAGAAAAGCUCUUGAAUUGUAUUGUGAGUUAUUUUGUACAGCGAUGAGAAUCAGUCCUCUGAGUGGAGAUUCCAAAUCCCGAAGCAGAUAUUAUAUGUGGACAGAUGACACACUAUUGUAUUACAAUAUAUCGGCUUUCUCUAAAAGGAUUUAAGAAUGCAGCCAAGACAAACAAAGUGAUGGUGGUUUAUUUUUGUUAUGAAAUGAAUAGAUAAAUGUAUAAUUAUUUUUCCUCUGUGCACCAACUGUGGUUGUAUGCUUUUGUCCUGUACUACGACGAAAAUGUCGAGGUAAAUUAAGGUGAUAGACAUCCUGUUCCUGUGUUUCAAUAUUUUUCUAAAUAAACAUGU